AUGUGGCCCUUGAACGCUACCCCCCAGAUCCGCGAGCGCCAGAUCGCUCUCCAGUCCCGGGUCGGUGUCCCCUCGUACCUCAAGAAGCCCGGAUCCAAGCUUUAUGUUGGUGCUUUCGGCGCCUUGCUCGGUGCGGGCCUCAUCGGCAACAUGUUCUACCUCGUGCAGUACGCUCGCGGCAAGGCCAACUUCAAGAAGCUGGAGUAG